CUUUCACUUCCAUGUAUAGCUACUUUUCAAAGAUUUAGGAGACAGAGGGGAUAGAGUUUUUUGGUUCAGAGAAACAUGGUACUUGGUGUAAGCGCUAUUCCUUUCACGUUUGUGGCACACGUGCUGGCAAUUUUGGGUCUGGUUUUUGUGUUGGUUUGGACCUUACAUUUCAGAGGUGGUUUAGCAUGGGAAGCUACCAACAAGAGCCUCAUCUUCAAUCUACAUCCUUUGCUGAUGUUGGUAGGCUUCAUUAUCAUAGGGGGUGAAGCCAUUAUUAGUUACAAGUCACUUCCUUUGAGGAAAGACGUGAAGAAGAAGAUACAUCUGGUGCUUCAUGCCAUUACUCUAGUACUUGGUAUUUUGGGAAUUUAUACUGUAUUCAAGUAUCAUAAUGAAAGCGGGAUUGCCAAUCUCUAUAGCUUGCAUUCCUGGCUUGGAAUUGGGAUUAUUGUUCUCUUUGGUAUUCAGUGGUUAUAUGGGUUCCUGGUCUUCUUCUACCCUGGAGGGAGUAUUGGGCUUAGGAGCGAGUCUGUUCCUUGGCAUGUGGUAUUUGGACUGAUUCUGUUCACAUUGGCAGUGGGCAAUGCUGCAAUAGGAUUCUUACAGAAACUUACUUUCCUUGAAAAUUUAGGACUCGCAAAGUAUGGCUCAGAGGCCUUACUUGUCAACUUCACUGCAGUUAUUACAAUAUUAUUUGGAGCCUUUGUUAUAUUAUCUGUUCUUUCUCAGUCUCCAAUAGAAGAUGAAAAUAACAAAGUCACUAGUUCCUUGAAGUCAAUUUCACUAGUUCCUUGAAGUCAAUUUUGGGUGUGUUAUGUGUGUGAGACUAGCAUAGUCAUAUUGGAUGUGUAAAUGUAGGUUUCUAUUAUAUGUCUUUUAUUUUUGGGCCCAUAAUAUGAUGAACCAAUAUUUUUAUUAAUACUAGUGAAAGUCUCAUGCGUUGCAUGCUUUA